CAAUUUUUUACUGCAAAAAUUUCGAUUAAUCCGGUAUCCGAUUGUUAGUUAUUAGCAAUCGAAAAUCGAAUCAAUCGAUUAUGCUGAACAAUUUAUAGGUUAAGAUGUUAUGUGUUAGAAGAACUAUUUGUUUAUUUCAUUAAAAAAUGAGAAAAAAAUGACUUAUUUAAGACAUUUAAAAAGUAUUACAUAUAAUUUAGUGAAAACUCAAUUUAGGAGAAAUGUACAUAAAAGUCCUAAUCUUAAUAUACCCGGUGCUUAUGAAGCAUCUGGAAAAACAACAGUACAUGUCCUAAAUAAGGACUCAGAAUUAGGACUUAUGAUAGAUGGAUAUAGUCAAGUUGGAUUUAGGUUAAACAACGAUUUUACAGUUCUAGGAUCUAUGGUGAUUUUUCCAAGGUCAGUGUUAUCUUGGAAUGUCAAUGAUGUUUCCGAAAUUACAGAAGAAUCAUUCAGCCUUUUUGCCGUCAUAGAACCAAAAAUAGAUAUAUUAGUUUUAGGCGUAGGUGAUAAAUUAGACAAUUUUAAUUUCUACAUCAAAAUAUUACCAUUUACGAGAAAAUAUAAAAUGGCUUUGGAAGUUUUGCCUACAGAACAAGCUUGUGCUACAUUUAAUUUCUUAAAUUCUGAAGGUAGAAAUGUAGCUGGUGCUAUGAUACCUCCUAAAACAUUAAAUGCCAAUGAAGAUGAUGAAUUACGUUCUAAAAUGAGGUAUUCGAAUCUGUAUGAAAGAGAUUAA